AUGAACAAAGUGGUGUCUGCUGUAACUUCAUCACAGGCGUCAUCAUUCGUUUCGGCUGAAGGAAAGCUUAAGGAGAAACGCUUUAUUUGUUUUCUUUAUCGUAAUUUAUUGAAAUUAUGCAGAUGUUAUGAUGAGCAUCCAGCUCUUAAAUUUUCACUUGUAAACCCUCGGAAUACCAAAAGUCGGAACCUCAUCACUCGAGGCUGGACAAAAACUCAACUUGGACAAUUUAUUCUUUCUCAAGUGUAUCGUGACCCAAAAUCCUUCUUCUACACGCCUCCUGGUGCUAAUUUUGAAAAGAUUUGUAAGAGUGUUUUCAGGAAGCAAUGUGCUGAUAAUCAUGACGAGGAAGGAAACUUCAAGUUUACCAAGAAUGAUGCAAUGGAAGUUUGUUUUGGGCUUCAAAGCGAAAUGAAUUUGAAUAUCGAAAAAACUAAGAAGCUUAUGGUUGUUAGAAAAUUUCCAACUGGUGAAAAAAGUGUUGAAAACAUGGAGACACAGCCAAUUGAAUUUUCUCUCGUGGAUACUACUGAACCCAAAAAAUUUCACAUUUUAGUUUCUCAUCCCAUGUUGACAGAUAUUGUUUUUGAGAGGACAUGUUUUGUUAUGACUGACAACAAACAGCGUGUCGCUUCAAUUUUAGGAAAGAGGGCUCAUGAACUUCGAAGAAAGAAGAAAAGAAAGAAAAUUCAAAAGCAAUUACCAUCCAUGACUGAAGAGCAUGUCCUCCAAACUCUCAAUGAAGAACAUGAGAAUAAUUCAAGUGCAUCUACUGUAUCCAAUUCAGAAAAUAACUCAACAUCACCAGACAAUACUGAAAAAGAACCGCUCUCAAAAACCUUAGAAGCCCAUAUUGAAACUUUUCCAAAUGAUCCCAAUUUGCUGAUAUCAAAAAUUCCUCUUACAUUUACUCCCUUAAUGCCUCAAACACCUGAUACCUUUCAAUACGAUGAUGACAAUUUUUCGAACAACCCAGUAGAGGACAACUAUGAUCCUAAUGACGAGUAUGACGACAAUGAUUCCAAUGAAUUUGAAUAUGACCUUGAAGAUACUGCUAACGACGAGAUGCUUUCAGUCUUAGAAGAAGAGAGUCAGCGAUAUCUCGAAAAUUUAUUAAAAGAGCUUGAAGCACGACAACGUUUAGCUUCAUGGAGAAAGGGACAACUCUCAUCAGAAAUUCAACAUGGCACAUGGAUGGUAGUCACAGUGGAUAAUCCAGCUCAAUUACUUUCGAUAGCAAAUUCCAAACCUCAUUGGGUCGUCUGGGAAUUUGUCAUUAAAAAGUUGAGUGCUACCUACCCUGAACUUGAGAGUUGGCUUGAUUUUCCAUUCCGUCCACCAACGAAAUAA